GGGGGAGCUGGGGGUGGGACGGGCAGGAUGGAUGGAGGCAGGGAAAUGAGGACACAUAGAGGAGAGAACUGGAACUGCAGCCACCGAACCAGAUUGUUCGUCCACUGACCAACGGGGGACGACUCACGCCGGUUUCAUCGAGACGCGACAGCUCAGUCGUGUUCCAUCGUCCUGCCUCCAACACGUGCUACUGAACUGCAGACAUCAGAUCCUGAACCCAGACGAGAACAGAUCGUGGAUCAGAGGACAAAACGAGGAGAAAUGUGUAUUUUUGUUCACUUUGCUUCGCUGUUUACUAUUUCUAUUCGUCAUCAUGUCAUCGUUUUGGUUUUUACCUGCGCAGCCCGUCAUGCUUUUGUAAAGUUGUUUGCUGUUUUUACAUUUUUUAUAUUCCAUGAAAUCAGUGUUUGGUUGUGAUGAGGGAAUCGACCUUAACACCUCCACAACUUGACUUCUCCUCUAAUUUAUUACUAAAAACGUCUCCAGUUCGCCAGAGCAGCGAGUUUCAGGAGCGACGUCGUGCACAAACACUUUUCUAGAGCCGAUGAAGGCGAACUCCUCGACGUUUGUGAAUAAUCCUCAUGAACACUGAAUGUGUGUAACCUCUGCUUCAUAUGAUCUUUGUUCCUAUGCUGAUUUGUAAUUCUUGAACAGGUUAAGUAACAUGUUAUUUGUAGCUACCUUGGUGACACGUUUUCCGUGGCCGUGCAUAUUGAUUGUAUUUGAUGCAUAGUGCAUAGCGCCUCCUUACUCCUGUAGUCAAAGGCAGUAAAAUGCAUGUGUGGAUUUACAAUGAAAUGAUCUUCAUGGGUGUCUGAGUGUUUGUGCACUUUAUCCAUGUCAGUGGAAAGUAACCAGAGACGUGAAGCAGAACUUUACUUUGAAGUAUUUUAAACGUUCACUCUGUUACAUUCACAGUAACUGAGCAACAGCUUCAGUAUCUAGUUACUUUUCAGAUUAAAAGAUUUACAUUGAAAACCUGAGAUUUCUCUCCGUCCUGGAGGAGAAGGAUCCGUCCUCCAUCGCUCUUCUUUGUCUCUUACACUUCUUCAUGAUAACAGUGCUUUUGUUCUUUGUGGAUAAAUUAGAAGUGAGCAGCCACCACACUGAUAAUGAAUUCAAAGUAAUAAGAAACAACCACCUCUACAUGUCGUCUCUCUACAGCUGAAGUGAUUGGCUCAUUAACUGAUGACAGAACUGACUUUUUGAUUAAUCCUGAUAAAUUCACAGGUUCCUGCUUUCCGACUUAAAACCAGAUCUCAAACUGGUCCAGCUCCGCAUCAGGAGUCCAGCUCAGAACGAUGGUAACCCUUUAUAUCAAGUUGAUCCUAUAUUAGUCCCACGAUGGGGGAAACUGUAGAGUUGCAAGAGGACCUUCAAACAAUAGAGGUGGAUAAAAGUAAUAAGUUAGGAUUUAAAUUAAAGAAUAUAAACAGUACAACCUGAAUACCACCACUAUUGGUGACCAUUGGUUUCUUAUCGACAUGUAUGUGAAUCCUCAUGAAACACGUGAAUGUCAUUUAGAGUUCCAGCUGAUUGUUGCUCAUGAGUGACUGAAUCCUCUCUGUUCUCUGAACAUCUUCAUGUUCCUCUCCCUGAGCUUCAGACUUGGAUUCAUUGAAAUGCUCGUGUGCAGCUCCAGCCUGAAGCUUCUCAGAGUAACUGAGGGAAAACUAAUCAGAGGGGGGACCUGGGGCUGUGGGGCCCCUGGGGGCCCGGGUAUAAUCCUGCCCUGCUGAAAACUCUCGGGGUGGUAAAAUGAAGUCGGGGCCCGGGGCCCCUCUGUCUCUCUGGGCUGGAGCAGCGGAGCUCGUGGCUCCUGGGGGCCGCAGCAGCAGCAGCUAGCGACAGUUAGCUUUGUUUACAGCGGAGCCUCGACCCUCCCCCACCCGGCUCAGCAGCUCCUCCUCCACCGGCUAACCCGCUAGCUGCAGCCGCCUGCUGCUGGAAGAGCCGCCGCAAAUCCGCCUCCUCUGGAUUAACGUCGAAUUUAAACGGACCCGGUGGACGACCCGUCCAUUCCACCUCCGGUCACCGUCUUUGUGUGACGCUGCUGCGGCGGGUUAGCGACGCGAUGGCCAGCUAGCUGCUAGCUAACGAUCCGGUUAGCUCCAGGAGCCGGGGGCAGGAGCUCCGGCGACGGGCGUCUCAUUUCGGGCUGCUUCCCUUCGGAACCGUCGCUGGUGGAUCUGCGUGGGUUUGAUGGUACCGGGUCAUGCUGACUGAAGGGCCGCGUUUCCUCCGAGCGUAGCCGCGCAGCAGCAGCUUGGUGCCGCCCAGACGAAGUGGACUGUUUCGGUGGGAGCGGAGGAUGGCGUUUCACGGUGCGGGUCGGCAGACCGUGUGCGGGGACCUGUUUCCGGGCUCUGAGCUGGGCCACAAGUAUUUCUGUGUGAACUCCUCCUGCGGGGCCCCAUCCACGGGCCUCAGCGCCACGCCGUGCCUGACCGGACCCACCGCCCCGGCCGGGACCCCUCGUCACCCCACUGCUCUCGGAGGAAGCGCCGGCGGCGGAGCGGCGGUGCCUCAGCCCUACAGCAACCCGGCCAGCGAGGUGCCCAGCCCCGCAGAGAUGGAGCCCGACCGCCCCAUCGGUUAUGGCGCAUUUGGUGUCGUGUGGUCGGUGACCGAUCCCCGGGACGGUCGGAAAGUGGCUCUGAAGAAGAUGCCCAACGUCUUCCAGAACCUGGUGUCCUGUAAGAGGGUCUUCAGAGAGCUGCGGAUGUUGUGCUUCUUCAAACACGACAACGUUCUGUCGGCUCUGGAUAUUCUGCAGCCUCCGCAGAUCGACUGCUUCGAGGAAAUCUACGUGAUAACAGAGCUGAUGCAGAGCGACCUUCACAAAGUGAUCGUGUCUCCUCAGCCUCUCACCACCGACCACAUCAAGGUCUUCCUCUACCAGAUCCUCCGAGGUUUGAAGUAUCUGCACUCUGCUGGGAUCCUGCACAGAGACAUCAAACCUGGAAACCUGCUGGUCAACAGCAACUGUCUGCUCAAGAUUUGUGAUUUCGGGUUAGCUCGUGUGGAGGAGCCUGACCCGUCGCGUCACAUGACACAGGAGGUGGUGACUCAGUACUACCGAGCCCCCGAGGUGCUGAUGGGCUGCCGACACUAUGGCUCGGCCAUCGACGUCUGGUCGGUGGGCUGCAUCUUCGCAGAGCUGCUGGGACGACGUAUCCUCUUCCAGGCUCAGAGCCCGAUUCAGCAGCUGGACCUGAUCACCGACCUGCUGGGGACCCCCCCUCUGUCGGCCCUGGCGUCAGCCUGUGAAGGAGCCAGAGCUCACAUCUUGAGGGGGCCGCACAAACCGCCGUCGCUGUCGGUGCUCUACAUGCUGUCUGACGGAGCCACGCACGAGGCCGUGCACCUGCUCUGUCGCAUGUUGGUCUUUGAUCCGGCUAAAAGGAUUUCCGGCAGCGACGCCCUCUCCCACCCGUACCUGGACGAAGGGCGUCUGCGUUACCACACCUGCAUGUGUCAGUGCUGCUACUCGGUUCCCAGCGGACGAGUUUACACCCGAGACUUCGAGCCGGUCGCAGAGCGGCCGUUCAGCCACAGCUACGAGAACAGUCUGCUGUCGGUGUGGCAGGGAAAAGAGUUAAUCCACCGCUUCAUCACGGAGCACCAGCAGGGUAAACGUGUGCCGCUGUGCAUCAACCCUCAGAGCGCUGCGUUCAAGACCUUCAUCAGGUCGACAGCGUGGCACUCGUCGAAGGUGUCCAGGAAGGAGGAGAGAUGAGCGUCCUCCUCUUCGGCUUCGGGGGCGACGGCAGUUUGAGAAAAGAUUCCAUCAGCAGCGUCGAAGAGUCCCCACCCCCCUCCCCCCACCCUCCACCCUCCACCCCCUCUUUUUAAAAAAAAUAUUUGUGGAGGAGAAAACGGCCGAACCACCUCCGGAAAAUCCUCCAUUAUUUUUUCCCUGAAUUUGAAAUCCAGUGUUGAACUCUUUUAGCGCUCGAGCUGUUUCCGAUUUUUAAAAAAUGCUGCUGAAAUGUUUCGGAGGAAUAAGAAAGAGGAAGAGACGUGAACCUCGGUACUGUUCGUUAGGAAUAAGGAUUUUAAUUGUUUGGUAGAUUGUUGCUUAGUUGAUUUUGAUUUUAUUUUUUUUGAAGUCAUUCCAGCCCCGUGCAGUACAGUUUGAAAACCACACAGGAAACUGAAUAAUCGGAGCCGAACCGACUCGUCACGAGGACGACAUCGCCCAUCAUCCACCCGUCACCUUUUGUUUCACUGCAUUUGAACACAUCACUCACUGUGUUUUCUCCGCUCGGAGCCGUCGUGCGUCCACAGCGGUAACGAUGCAAUUUAACGGAUGUAGCAGGUUCUAACCACAGUUCCAGAUUUUUCUUUUAUUGUUUUUCUUGAGACACAUUCAGCAAAGAGAAAUAAGAGUUUAUUCGUGUCACACACACGCGUAGGAAACAGGAACUCAUUCCCCAGUUUUCUUUUCCAGAAAACCUUUAUUUUGAAAUUUGUCUGUCAGUGUUUCAAUCGUCUCAAACUGUGUUUCGCCAAAACUACAGAUGUUUGGCUUCAGUUUCUUCUCACCUCAGCAUGUAUUAUGGAAUCACCCACACGUGAACUCACCAACACGUGAACUCACCCACACGUGAACUCACCAACACGUGAACUCACCAACACGUGAACUCACCAACACGUGAACUCACCAACACGUGUCACGUUUUCCUGCUGACCACCAGCGGAGAGAAAGAUGAUUUCUCUUUUUGUGUAAAUUUCUUAAUUUAUUGAGUGUCUGUUGAAGAGAGUGAGUCUCCACCCGCUCGCCCUCGGUUACCUCAAACCCCGGAGGAACACAAACUGAAGGCUGAGGACCGCGGGGCUGCACGCGGCCGCACGCGGCUGCAUGUGGGAUUUUGUGCAUAUCUACAGAGUGACCCCUCCCAUCACGUGUUUGCCGCCAUUCCUCUGGAUUCUUUACCUCGUGCUCGCUCCCGUCUCUCGCCCCGCUCCUCAGAAUGGUGAGGUUUUGAGAGAAGGACAUUGUCGGAGAAAUGCUGCUGUUUUUCUUUUUCUUUGGUUUUCGUUUCACUUCCUGUUCAGUUUCAGGCUCAGGUGUCCGUACGUCAGCUGUGACGCGUGAGGACGCACCACGAGGAUCAGUGAUGAACGGGAUCAGAUGUUAGAACGCUGUUAUCUGAGGGGGCUUUGAUUUUCCUUAAUAUUUAUCUGAUUCAGAUCAUUUCCACCAGAGCGACGACCUGUUGUUUUUCCAGCUCUUUGGUUUCUCUGAUUGAAAAUGAACUUUCAGAGACGUGACACUCGGCUGCAGUUCGAUGCUGAAGCUUCUCAGUCGACAACUUUUCAUCAUUUGUUUUCGUCACCAGUGAAAAACGUUAGGACUGAAACAGCUGCAGCACGUUCACGCCUCUGAACGUUCAUGAAAACCAACAGUGAUGUCAUGAAGGAAAAGAUCAAAUACGUCAGAUUGAGUUAAAACAGGAAACGUGUGAAACCAUCAGCUGGCUCCAUGUGGCCCCCGGGACGUUUGGGCUCUUUGACUGCAGGAACUUUGCCAGGAGCCUUUUCAGGAUCUCAGGAACUUAAACAAAUGGGUCGACUCGUGCCAAAGGUGCCCGACGCUGUCGACACGGAAACGCCAGCGGUUCAUCUCGUCCGCUCUUUGUUUAAAUCUUUGGUUCAUUGUCUUCCGACCAGCUGAGACGUGAAGGAACCUUUAGUUCCUGCUCCAGUUCCUGUGGCUCCUCGGUUCCUGCAGCGAGUUUCGAGGAACUUCAUCUGAAUUGGAUUUUUUUUGUUGUUGUACAUACCCUGAACCUCCAGCAGGCGGGGCUCCCGAGGGCCUCCUCCCCACGCGUCCUCGUCGGCCCCUGCGGUCUCCAGAUGUUGAACCCUGAAACCUCAGCUCCUCCACAGGAACAUCUCUGAAAACACGAGACGACUUGUAAAUCUGCAUGUGUAUAUUUAUCGGCGGAGAGCGUUUGGGCUUGAAUGCUGUGCAAUGGUUGAGUUUGUCGAAGACGGAAACGUACAUUUUGUGGUAAUUUUUAUUUAAUUCAUCUUUAGCGAGUGAUUUUAUUAGAAGUUUUCAGUUUUUUUGUUUGUUGUGAUCUAAUUAGACUUUUUAUCGAGUCCAGAGUCGAGAACGUUUUGAGGAAUUUUUCCAGAAACGUUCUGUUACUGAGUCGUUCGCUCACGAUGGUUUGAUGCAGGAAUGUUUUUGAUUCACGAUACGAUUGAAAUGUUGCUGCAAAUAAACGCGUCAGUGACGUUAUUGGUGCCAGAUUUAAAAAAACAAAACAAUUCUGAUCCUUUUUUUUUUUUACUAAUUGAUUUUUGAAUCAUGAUUUAUUUAUUCUGUUUUAACACUCCACUAUCUUUUACUGACUUAAUGUUUGUGCAGAAAUGAUGAAUCCGAGGUGACGAUUCUCACGACUCGUGUAUCGUUCAUCGUAGUUUAGUCAGAAUCUUGUAAAUAGAUCCUCAGAUGUGGUGAAUCGAAGUUUUAACCAAAGCUGCAGCUCAAAGAUUAUUGAAAUCAUGGAUUUUUUAUAACAAGUCCAAUAACAUUGAAUAGGAUCAGAUACAGUUGAUUCUCAGUCGACUCACAUUUACAAUAAUUUAAUAACGAAGCUGCAGAUUAAGACGUGAAUAAAACAAAAUGUCUCUCUGAAGAAACUUGAUGGAAACAGAAGCAGAGAAAAUGUAUCUGCAGAAUUUUAGAUAAAUAAUAAUUUUAGAAAAGUACCUGAAAAUCACAAAUCGAAUAUUCUGACGAUCACUUCUUGUUUAUAAACAAAGUGACGGGACGAAGGAAUCGCUAACACUCGAGAUCAGAUCAUGAAUUUAAUCAUCCGGUUUGUUUGAGACUCGUUUCUGGAAAAAUUAAACCAAACUUUUGUCUCUGGGCUUUUUUUUCCUUAUUUUUUUCUUCUUCUGUUGUUGUUGUGUUCGUAGAUCCUUCCAGCUUAGGAGCAGUUUUUAAUCUAGACGACCGGUUUGGUCUUUUCCCGCCCUGCGCUCUGUUCUCAGAUCAGCUGACCAGUGUGCUCAGAGUCUCUCAGCUUCUGUCGGGUCAGUUUUAGACGUUGGAGACGGACAGCUGGUCAUCUAUAGACAUUAGACUUGUUUUCUUCUAUGAAAAGAAACUUGAUGUGUUUAUUAAUAUAAAUAUGAAACUGAUGUUUUUCGUCUUUGUUUUAGCAAAAAGGUUUGUUUGUUUUUUUGACUUGUGUUCCCAACAAAUACUUGAAUUUCUUAAAAAAAAUGUUUAGAAUUAAAGUAGUGAAUGAUGAAUAAAUAAAUGGACACUGGAUAAUAU